GCAAUACUGCUGCUGGUGCUGACGGAUCAUGAUUUGAAAAUGCCAAUUCAGGCGCCGCAAUGGACGGACUACCUCAAUUGUCCAGUGUGCUGCCGCGAGUUUGGCCCCCCUCCGCGGAGCCCUAUCAGUCUUGGAUGCGGGCACACUCUUUGUGGGCAUUGUCUUAAGCAUCUUCACAGAAAACAAUGCCCCUUUGAUCAGACAGUAAUCCACGCAGAGCCUGAGGAGUUAGUAGUGAACACGGCGCUGCUACAGCUGGCCGGGUAUACACCGCCCGCGCAACCCUACCACCCGCCCUGCAUACAAGCACUACCCGAACAUGACCGACACGCCUAUGACAUCAUCGUUCGUUGCCUCGAACACCUCGCCGUCUACCUUAAACUAUGCGGUAACGCGAGCAACAGCACGGCGGGUAAUCGUCUAUCUCGGCCGAUGCAACGCAAGUUAGUCACGCUACUUCAGUGUGCGAUCACGGAUGAAGAAGGUCGGGGCCGGGCGGCCAGAGCGGCCCGCUCCCUAGGCGAGAGGACGGUCACCGAGCUCAUACUGCAACACCAGAAUCCCCAGCAACUUAGCGCGAACCUAUGGGCGGCGGUGAGAGCACGUGGAUGUCAGUUUUUAGGUCCAGCAAUGCAAGAGGAAGUUUUGAAACUUGUUCUUUUGGCUUUAGAAGACGGUUCUGCCCUUUCCAGAAAGGUGUUAGUGAUGUUUGUUGUCCAAAGAUUAGAGCCUCAUUUUCCGCAGGCUUCCAAAACUAGUAUAGGCCAUGUCGUCCAGCUUCUAUAUAGAGCUUCUUGUUUUAAGGUGUCAAAACGCGAAUGCGAUUCAUCUCUAAUGCAGUUAAAAGAGGAAUUCCGGACGUACGAACUAUUACGUCGAGAACAUGAUGCACAGAUAGUACAAAUUGCGACGGAGGCUGGUCUCAGGAUCGCCCCAGACCAAUGGAGUGCCCUCUUAUACGGAGAUACGGCACACAAGAGUCACAUGCAGAGUAUUAUUGAUAAACUACAAACACCCCAAUCUUUUGCACAGUCCGUUCAAGAGCUCUUCAUAGCUUUACAGAGAACGGGAGAUCCGGCACAGUUGAUCGUUAUAAGUAUGCAUCUCGACCGGCUCGCCAAUAUCGAUGCUAGUCCUGACGCGAAAAGUCCAUCAUGGCAACAGCUGGCCGAAAUGAUAACGUCGAUCAAAGAAGUAGUGUCUGGUCUCAUCCACUACUUGCAGCAACAGGCAACCGGUCGCGACACCAAUCAUAACCAAAAACACAUCCUCCAGGAAAGGUGUAUUGAGCCUUCAACAAGUCAACCGUCCCCACAAAUCGCGACGACUCCGACACACAAGUACAAGACUGCAAUGUGCAGGGACGCUUCGUUAAGAUCCUACUGUCCAAGAGGCAAUUCUUGCACUUUUGCCCACUUCGAAGAGGAGUUGGAAAGGUACCGAGGAGUGCCAAACGCGAAUCAAGCGAUGACAAACGGCAACUAUACAUAUAUGCCAACGCUACCGUCAGUGCAAUUACCGCCUUUGCCUCAGCCGAUCCCUCUGCCACAAAUGUACCAACGUUUUCCUUUACCGCAGUCACAUGCCCAACACCCGCAUGUAGAUAACUUCAACGUUCCACCAAUACCAUCACAAACAAUGCCUCAAGAAAUGAUUCCUAAUCCAGAAUUUGCUUCUGAUAAUCCACGAAAUGAUUGCAUUCAGCCACAACAAAACUUCGCAUCGGCUCUCAUGCAUAAUCAAGCAUCGUUAGCAAUGAAUCAAAAAGGCAUUAUGGUACCUAUUCAAGAGCGACCAUAUUAUGGACGAUUUGGUGGAAUGGUAACCAUUCAUGAUGAAACUUCAAAUAAUAUCCAGUUUCCUCGGCAAGAAUUUGUUAAUCCAGUUUUCCAAGGUUCAACAAACACUGGACCCAUAGCUGGCUUUCAGCCUCAAGAACAAAAUAUACCUCCUAUGCCAAACAUGUUUGUACCAGUACAACACGAAGCCCAGAGAAAUAUAAGUCCUUAUACAUUUGACGAUCCGAAUCCAUCAGAACUCUUGCCAGAUUACCGAGUGAAGGCUCCAAGCUUCGCUGCCGUUUCUCGAGAACGUCGUAUUGAAACUUCUUGGCCCUCUAACAAUGUAUUUAAUUUCGAUACUAUGCGGAAUGCGUUGCCACCCUGUCCUUCUGCUACAGAAGAUAUGUUCGCAGUACCAAGCGACAGACGCGCUGUCGGCGCCGAUAGACUCGUAGUAGCGGACAGACUCACUGUUACUACCUCUGACCUGGCUAACAGAGCUGAUGACGAGGAACUCGAAGAAGAGCUGCAGGCUCUAGAGCGCCGAAUCGACACCGAGUUCAAAAAUACCGAUUAAACCUCGAGGAACUCAAAGAAGUAAUGCAGCCUCUAGAGCACCGCAUCUCCUUCGACUUUCAAAGUACUGAUUGAGCGUUGAGGUAUUAUAUAAUACCAAAAAAUAAAAAUUGUUACAUGUAAA